UUGUCAACGAUGGAAGUGGGGAUUAGAUUCUUCACGUUUUGCGGGUUCACUGUUGCACAAUUGGUCCAUCUAUUAUUCUUGACCGUCAUGGGACAAUUUGUGGAAAACUCCAAUGACGAAAUCUUUCAAACAGUAUACGAAGCCAAAUGGUACAAUGGUUCGCCAAAAACGCAAUUGUUGUAUGCAUUGGUGUUACGAAAAUGUUUAAAUCCGCCCAUGCUAACAGGUGGAGGAUUGGUUCCUUUGAAUUUGUACAGCUUUGUACAAUUCAACACUUUUAAAAAAUAUCUAAGAAUUGCCUUUAGAAAACAAUUCACUGAUUCAUUAGCGAUUAAUUCCUUUUCAGAUCCUGAAAGCGUCUUUUUCGUAUUACACAAGCCAUAUAUACGUUUCGAUUUGUCCCAUCUGGCUACAUUUCCUACAAUUAUGAAUUGGCAGACAGUUGAAGAUCAAUAUCUCAGAGACAACAAAUUUUUCGCGCAGAUAGUCGGUGUGUGGCCACGUCAGGGAAGAUUCACUAAAUUUUCUAUACGAAUUUUCAUAUUUGUUUUAGUCAUUGUUGCCCUUGCAAGCCAGGUAUCUCGUGUAAUAGUAUUUUAUAAUAUAGACACGCUGAUGGAUGAGGUGGUGUAUCUGGUUAUAAGUAUAACAAUUUUAAUUAAACAGUACAAUUACAUCCUGAAUGAGAAGAAGUUCGAAGAACUUUUAAGCGAAAUCGUGUUCGAUCAUCUGAUGGAACGACCGAAAGGAGAGCUGAAAAUUUUGGACACGUACUAUAGGAAGGCGAUAAUAUUUUCUUCUAUAUAUAAAGCCAGUAUAUCUACAUCAGCGUUCAUGUUUAUCCUUAUACCGGCCAUACCACCAAUUCUGAACAUCAUAGCGCCUCUGAACGAGUCACGUGGCCGCGAAUUCGUCUACCCAGCUUAUUAUUUCGUUGAUGAACAGCGAUAUUAUUAUCCUAUACUAGCGAAUAUGAUAGUAGGAUCACUAGUACUUGCUGCCGUAUAUAUCGCCUGUGAUAUCAAUUUGAUAUAUCUCAUACAUCAUGGAUGUGCUUUGUUGGCCAUCAGCGGAUACGUGGAGAAAAUCGACGCUUGUUAUGUGCGGUACUUUUUCCUACUCUUGGGCCUGAUAAUCGUAGCAUUUACAUCCACUUUCGUUAGGGUAGGUCAGUGCGGUAACAAAAACUUAAUUGCACAGUUUUAA